AUGAAGGAAGUGAAGGAACCGAGGCAUCGCAAAGACAACAGGCGCCCAGACCUGGAGAUUUACAAGCCUGGCCUCUCCCGACUCAGGAGCAAACUUGUGCCACCAAAGCAUGAGGCCGCAGAGAAGGAGAGAAGCAAAGCUGAGGAGGGCAAGGAGGAGAGUGCCAGUGACAAGUGCUCUUUGGGAGGAGGUGCUCCAGUCGUGGAGGAUUUUGGCAAAUGUGAUGGCCCAAAGCAGAAUGGUCCUUCACAGGAAAAUGAAGAGACAGAGACUAAAGGUGGUCUGCAGGGCCAGGAGAACUUGUCUAAGCAGCCUGCUCCAGAUGAGUGGUGUCCCAAGACCACCAGAAGAAGCAAGAAGCCGGACCAGCAGAUCUACCAGCCAGGGAAACGUCUGCAUUCAGCUGCAAAAGAGCCAUCCCUGCGGUCAGCUACUGAGGAAGUCACCAGUAAGAUGGAGCAGCUGAAGGUUGAGAGAGUUGAAGAGACUGAGGAAGGUACUGUAAAAGACAAUAACAGGAAAACCAAAUCAAGCAAGGAAGAUAGAGAAGGGAGCCAAGUAGGGGAAGGAGUGAAAACCUCAAGGGGAGAAAAAGGGAGACGAAUAGAGCGAAGCGACAGGGUAAGGAGAACAAGCGAUGAGGUGAUGCAGGGGAAGCUGGGCUCUACCAAACGGUACUCCCGCUCUGACAAGCGGCGGAGCCGGUACCGCACCUGCAGCACGAGCUCAGCUGGAAGCAACAACAGCGUAGAUGGAACCCCACUCGUGGACGGGGUGGAGAGGCGGCAGGAGCGUGUCAGAGAAAGAAUACGUCCUAGGAAGCAGCUCUCUGCAUCCUCCACUGACUCCUUGGACGAUGACAGAAUCGAUGAGCAGAAGCAUAUGUCUGCAAAGAAAAAGCAUUCAGAGCAGAGUCGAGCUUCUAGGAGCGAGGGCGAAUGGAGCAGCAAUGGCAGGGAAAUCAAGGGGCCCUUUCGAGUCACAUUUGACAGCAAGACCGUGAACAGGGAUAUCAGUCUGGCAGAUACAGAUAAAAAAAAGCCCCUGAAGGCAUUUGUUAGUUGCAAUGACUCAGAGGCUUCGGAGGCGAGGAGCCAGAGCAGAGAGCCUCAAGGGAGGGGCCGUGGGAUUCUGUUCCUGCCUGCCAACACGGACCUCUCUGCCAGCACCGCGGGCUCCCCUGAAGCCAGUCACCCUGGGCCCAGGCUCCUGCUUGGCGGGGCUGGAAGUAAAGGCUCUCGCAGCAGGGGCCGAGGUGGCACUGCUCGCAGGCUCUGGGACCCAAAUAACCCAGACCAAAAACCUGCCCUGAAGAGCCAGACUGCUCAGCUUCACUUUCUAGACACAGAUGAUGAAGUGAGCCCCACCUCCUGGGGGGAAGCCCGCCAGGCCCAGACAUCCUACUAUAAGUUCCAAAACUCUGACAAUCCCUACUACUACCCUCGGGCCUCCGGUCAAGGUCCCCAGUAUCCUUACAGCGGGUACUCCCUGCAGUAUCCUAUGGGUCCAAGCAAUGGUGCGUACCCAGGAGCCUACUACCCUGGAUACCCUGGCCAGACGGGCCAGUACAUGUGUGGCCCACUCCCCCCAACUCCUCUGAGUCCUGAGAUGGAGCAGCAGAUGCGGAACAUGCAGCAGCAGGAGCUCAGCAAACUCCUCCGUGAGGCUGGGAACCAGGAGCAGCAGCUCAGCAAUCUGCUUUCCAGAGACCGCAUCAGUCCGGAGGGGCUGGAGAAGAUGGCCCAGCUGAGGGUGGAGAUGCUGCAGCUGUACGAACGGUGCAUCCUGAUGGAUAUCGAGUUCUCUGAUACCCAGAAUGUGGACCAGCUGCUGUGGAAGAAUGCGUUUUACCAAGUGAUUGAGAAAUUCCGGCAGCUCCUCAAGGACCCUCAGGGGGAAAAUGCCCAAGAAAUUCGGAACAAACUGCUCCAGCUUCUAGAUGAGGGCACUUCUUUUUUUGAUGGCCUACUCCAAAAGCUGCAGGUGUCAUACCAGUUCAAGCUAGAGGACUACAUGGAUGGGAUGGCCAUCCGCAGUAAGCCACUGAGGAAAAUGGUGAAAUAUGCACUGAUCAGUGCUCAGAGGUGUAUGAUUUGUCAAGGGGACAUUUGCCGUUACAGAGAACAAGCAAAUGACACCGCAAACUACGGAAAGGCACGCAGUUGGUACCUGAAGGCUCAGCAAAUUGCUCCCAAAAACGGCCGCCCGUACAACCAGCUGGCUCUUCUGGCCAUCUACACGAGGAGAAAGCUGGAUGCUGUCUACUAUUACAUGCGCAGCCUGGCUGCUAGCAACCCCAUCCUCACAGCCAAGGAAAGCCUCAUGAGUCUGUUUGAAGAGACAAAACGCAAGGCUGAGCAGAUGGAGCAGAGAAAACAUCAGGUGCUGGAUCUGAGCCCCAGCCGCCGAGGGAAGGGCAAGAAGUCUACAUUGCGACAAGUUGGAGAUGAUGCCACACGGCUGGAGAUCUGGAUCCAUCCCUCCCACCCCCGCUCCUCCCAGGGCCACGAGUCCGGCAGGGAUUCUGAGCAGGACAACGGUCUUGGGAACCUCAGCCCCAGCGAC